AUGGACUCGUUCAAAUUGCUCAAGCGGCGCACCACGGAGCUGUUCCAGUCGCUGGAACAGUCGUUGCCGUCGUUACCGUCGCUGCCGUCGCUGCCGUCACUGGGCGGCCAAGGCAGCAGCACCAUGAAGGGCACCUGGGAGAAGAUCCAGGUUCCGCCGCUCCUCCGGUCGUCGCACUCGGCCGACAUUGUCGACGGCAACCUCUACAUCUUCGGCGGCGAAGUGCAGCCCCGCCGCCCCGUCGACAACGACAUGCAUGUCAUCAAGCUGCCCUCCAGCGGCGCCCAGGCGGACUACUACGCCAUCAAGGCCAAGCCGGCAAAGCCAUCGACUCAUGACCAGGAGCUGGCCAUCCCGACUUUAGGCGACGUGCCCGCGCCCCGGGUCGGCCACGCGACCGCCGUGAUCGGCCCCCGCAUCUUCCUCUUCGGCGGCCGCGGCGGGCCCGACAUGACGCCGCUGGACGAAGCAGGCCGGGUCUGGGUCUUCGACACGCGCACGCACCUGUGGUCCUUCCUCGACCCGGCGCCGGCAGCCGCCCACCUGCCCCGCGAGAGCGCCCCCUACCCGGCGCCGCGCAGCUACCACUGCGCCGUCGCGACCCCGAGGCCGUCCCCGCCCACCACCACCACCCACCCCGCCCCUUCCCACCCGCACCCGCCCAAAAACCCCGCCGAGACCCUCCGCGACUGGGCGCUCGGCCAGCCCGACCCGGCCCUGGGCACGCCGCAGAACCCGGUGGUCGGGGUGCUCGCCGAGCGCGCGGUCGACCGCGAGGACCUCGGCUACGGCACGCUGCUCAUCCACGGCGGGUGCCUGGCGGGCGGGGCGCGCACGGCGGACGUCUGGGCGUUCGACGUGCGCUCGCGCGUGUGGCGGCGGCUGCCGGACGCGCCGGGCGCGGCGCGCGGCGGGGCCGCGCUGGCGCUGGCGGGCGGCCGGCUGUACCGCUUCGGCGGGUUCAACGGGGCCGACGAGGAGGGAGGGCAGCUGGAUUUCCUGGAGCUUGGGCUCGACGUGUUUGACGAUCAGGUCGUGAGGGGCGAGGCGGCGCUGACGGUCGGUCGCCACGACCGCGGCGGGUGGCAGAGUUUGUUCUUUGGCAAGGAGGAUGUCGGGUACAAGGAGGUGGAUCCCGCGGAGCUGCCGCUGGAGGCGGGAGCAGCAGCAGGAGCGGCGGGGGCGGGGGCAGGGGCGGCGGAGCACCGGUGGCCCGGCAACCGCAGCGUGGCGGGCUUCGAGGCCGUCACCGUCGGCGGCGGCCGCGAGUACCUGGUGCUGCUGCUCGGCGAGCGGGAGCCGUCGGGGCAGGGCCACGCGGCCGCGGGCCGCUUCUGGGACGACGUCUGGGCGUUCCAGGUGCCGGCGGAGGGCGGGUCGCUCGCGAGCGUCGCCGACACCGCCUUCUCCGUCGUCGGGCGCAGCGGCGAGGGCAGGUGGAUGCGCGUCGAGAUGGCGCCGCAUGAUGACGAGGACGAUGCCUCGGCCGAGGGCCCGGGGCCGCGCGGGUGGGUUGCCACCGCCACCAUGGGCCAGCUCGAGGAGAACGGCAUUGUCGUCUGGGGCGGGCUGGACGAGGGCAACCGGCGGCUUGGGGAUGGCUGGAUUCUGAGGCUGGGCUGA